AUGUUUGAAUUUAAUUAAUUAGAGAAUGUUCAAUUAAGAAAGCACAGUGAACUUCAUUAAAUAUAUUAUUUAGAUUGUGAUCUUAUUGUAAUGCUUGUAAAUUUUAAUACUACUUAUUAUUUUGAUGUAAUAUAACUAUAACUUAAAGUCAGUCGUAAAUUAAUGUAAUAUUUCCUAUAAUAAUUAUAUUAGAAAAAUUGAUUGUAUUCCUGUUUUUGCAUUUAUAUGUGGUAAAUCUAAUAUAGGUUUUGCCCAUUAUGAUUAAAAAGGUACUCUUAUAAUUGAAUCAUUUGAUUUUCUCUAAAUGAAUAAAGUAAAAACAAAUCUUUAGUUUAUGAAAACUUUACCAAACUUUUUAUCCUAUUAUUUUAAAAUAACCUAAUUAUGUAUGUUAUUAUUACAUAAUGAAAAUGGUUCAAUUAUUUGUUAUUUUUUUAAUAGUAAUUUAGAAAUUAAGUCUUAUUUUCAUCUCCUAGAUAAAUCAAGAAAUUAACACUUAUAAUAAAUUUUUCAAUUAAAUUAACAUAACUAUAUUAUAUCUUUAUAUUUAGAAAAUGAUUUAGAAAUACUAUCAGAAAUAAAUUCGUAAGGAAUUUAAUCAAACUUAAAAUCAAAGUAUUUAAAUGGUUAGAAUUCUUUAAAUGGAUGUGCUUAAUCAAAUAAAUAAAUAAUAUUAGCUUUUACUCCAAAAAAAGAUUCAAAUUCUUUUAUAGAAUUUAUUGAUUAAUAAAAUGAAUCAGUAAGAAUUAUUGAAAUCAAUUAUUUUAAUUAUAUUAUAAGUAUAGAAUAAAUAUUGAAUGUAAAUGAUUUAUAUGUUUGGUGUAAAAUUUCAACUUAAUCCGAAGAUGAAAUUGAAUAAAUAUGUUUAUUUGAUAUUAAUACAUUUGAGCUUGUUUCAAGAAAGAUUUAUCCAGAUUAUAUGUUAGAUAUUUAAUGUAAUGAAUCAAUCAUGAUAGAAACUUAAAUGAAUUUAUUUGAUAGAAUAAAUUGUUUACAAAAUAAUCAUGAAAUACUAUUAAAUUAAGAAUAAGAUAUUUAAAAUUAAUAUGAAUUCAAUGAUUUUGAUGAGUUCUCAGAAAUCACUAUAUUUUAUAAUCUUAAUCCUAUUUAUUAAACAAUAAAAAUUAUGAAAUAUUUAGAAUUUGAAGAAUACAUUGUUGAAUUAACUGCAAGAAAACUUAAUCAAACUUCCAAUAAUCUUAAAAAGUAAUUAUUUGAUUUUAAUUGA